AUGGCAGAAGGAUUUUCCAGGCCAACACGACUCUCCUUUGAAGGCAACGUUGCUGAGAAUUGGCGCCGCAUCAAACAGAACUAUGAAAUAUACAUUGUUGCUGCAGGACAUAGUCGGAAAUCAAAGAAAGAAAAGUCAUGCAUCCUCUUAAAUCUAGCUGGCAAAGAUGUGGUUGAAAGAUAUAAUUCUUUUACCUACAACGAAGAGGAAGACAAAGACGAUCCAGAAAUUCUAGUGAAGAAAUUUGAAGAAAUUUAUUUGAAAAACAUUGCUCGAAAGUGCGACUUUGGUGACCUCGAGAGCGAACUUAUUAAAGAUCGUAUUGUGUGUGGGAUUAACAGUGAUGCAUUAAGAAAGAUUCUCCUUCGCGAAACAAGUUUAACAUUAGACAAGGCUCUAAACAUAUGCUGUGCAAACGAAUUGUCGGAACAACAAGUAAAAGAUCUUACUAAUUAUCAAGAUGUCGGUGAACUGAAGGCUAGGAAGAAUUCGAAAACCUCAAGAGGAAGUUACACAAACUUAAGUCAAACAAAAGAAGAUAAACAUCUAGGACAAAGAUUCGUAUUAAAGAACAAUUGCAGAAACUGUGGAGGAAAACAUCUUCCAAAGCAAUGCCCAGCUUUUGGAAAUUUUGGGCACAAAUGUCAUAACAAAAACCACUUUGCUCGUGUGUGUAUAAUGUCUACACAAAAGUCACAAAGAACAGUUCAUGAAGUUAGUGGUGAAAAAUUGUUUAUUGGUGCUGUUAAUGCAAUCACAACAACGCAACAACGCAUAAGCUGCAAAGUCGAUUAUCGAAUGAAUAUUGGAGCUGUAGAAAAAAGCAAUGACGAGUGGUAUUCUGAACUCAAGUUUGGCAGACAUUUGGUGAACGUGAAGGUGGAUACAGGUGCAAAAUGUAAUGUAAUUUCUAAAAAAUUGUUCGACAAAGUCACAGAAGCUGAGCAACAAGUUACCAAAACAAAUACAAAGCUAAUGUCGACACAGGAUGUAAAGCCCAUUCUUGGUUUACCUGAUUGCGAGCGUUUGGGUAUGGUGAAAAUAAUUAUAGAUGUCAAACCUAUUUUCACUUGCGACGAUAUUUUCAAUGAAUGUGCAGAUCUCUUCGAUGGCAAACUAGGAUGUUUACCCAUUAAGCAUCAUAUUUGUGUCAAUCCAAAUGUAAAACCUACAAUUCAUAUUCCUCGACGCGUUCCAGUAGCUAUGAGAACGAAAAUUAAAGAAGAGUUAGAACGAAUGCAACAGAUGGGUGUCAUCGAUCCUGUAGAAAAACCAACGGAAUGGGUUUCGUCAAUGGUAACAGUGGAAAAACCAAACAAGUUACGAAUAUGUAUUGAUCCUAGACAUCUUAAUGAAGCCAUUCAGCGAGAACAUUACCCUCUCUUAACAAUAGAAGAAGUCGUAUCAAGACUACCUGGAGCUAAAACUUUCUCCGCAUUCGAUGCAGCCUCUGGAUUUUGGCAGAUACCUCUAGAUGAAGAUUCCAGUUAUCAUACAACAUUCAAUACGCCUUUUGUCAGAUACAAAUUCAAUCGUCUCCCAUUUGGUAUAUCCCCAGCACCUGAAGUGUUCCAAAAAGCUAUGCACCAGCUGUUUGACAGAAUAGACGGUUGUGAAAUUAUAAUGGACGAUAUCUUAAUAUGGGGAACAACAGAGAAAAGCAUGAUGAAAGAAUUGUCAAUGUGCUGA